GGGCGCCCGCCUCCCUCCUUCGCGGACUGUCUCCCCACUCGCCGGCUGAGAGCCCUUUUUGACUGCGAGCGGAGGUAGCGGAGUAGAGGCGGCGGCGCGGGACCUGCAGUCGCCCGGGAUUCCCUCCAGGUGACGAUGCUCUGGUUCUCCGGCGUCAGGGCUCUGGCUGAGCGUCCCUGCAGGCGCUCGCCCGGGAUUACCUGCUGCGUCUUGCUGCUGCUCAAUUGCUCGGGGGUCCCCAUUCCCGUGGCUUCCUCCUUCUUGACAGGUUCUGUUGCAAGAUGUGAAAAUGAAGGCGAAGUCCUCCAGAUUCCAUUUAUCACAGACAACCCUUGUAUAAUGUGUGUCUGCUUGAACAAGGAAGUGACCUGUAAGAGAGAGAAGUGCCCAGUGCUGUCGAGAGACUGUGCCCUGGCCAUCAAGCAGAGGGGAGCCUGCUGUGAGCGGUGCAAAGGUUGUACCUAUGAAGGAAAUACCUAUAACAGCUCAUUCAAAUGGCAGAGUCCUGCAGAGCCCUGUGUCCUGCGUCAGUGCCAGGAAGGCGUUGUCACAGAGUCGGAGGUGCGAUGUGUCGUUCAUUGUAAGAGCCCUGCCAGACACCUGGGGACCUGCUGCCCGACCUGUCCAGGCUGUGUGUUUGAGGGUGUGCAGUACCGAGAAGGGGCGGAAUUUCAGCCAGAAGGAAACAAAUGUACCAAGUGUUCCUGUGUUGGAGGCAGGACACAGUGCGUGCGAGAAGUCUGUCCCAUUCUCUCCUGUCCUCAGCACCUUAGCCACAUCCCCCCAGGACAGUGCUGCCCCAAGUGUUUGGGUCAGAGGAAAGUGUUUGACCUUCCAUUUGGAAGCUGCCUCUUUCGCAGUGACGUUUAUGACAAUGGAUCCUCAUUUCUCUACGAUAACUGCACUGUGUGCACCUGCAGGGACUCUACCGUAGUGUGUAAGAGGAAGUGCUCCCACCCUGGUGGCUGCGACAAAGGUGAGGACGGCUGUUGUGAGGAGUGCCUCCUACGAGUGCCGCCGGAAGACAUCAAAAUGUGCAAGUUUGGCAACAAGAUUUUCCGGGAUGGAGAGAUGUGGUCCUCUGUUAACUGCACCAUCUGUGCUUGUGUGAAAGGCAAGACGGAGUGUCGCAAGAAGCAGUGUGUUCCCAUCAGCAGCUGUCCUCAGGGUAAAAUUCUCAACAGGAAAGGAUGCUGUCCUAUUUGCACUGAAAAGCCCGGCGUUUGCACGGUAUUCGGAGAUCCCCACUACAACACUUUUGACGGACGGACAUUUAACUUUCAGGGGACAUGUCAGUACGUUUUGACAAAAGACUGCUCCUCCCCUGCCUCGCCCUUUCAGGUGCUGGUGAAGAACGAUGCGCGCAGGACCCGCUCCUUCUCUUGGACCAAGUCGGUGGACCUGGUGCUGGGCGCGAGCAUCGUCAGCCUCCAGCAGCACCUGACCGUGCGCUGGAACGGCUCGCGCAUCGCGCUACCGUGCCAGGCGCCGCAGUUUCACAUCGACCUGGACGGCUACCUCUUGAAAGUGACGACCAAAGCAGGUUUGGAAAUAUCCUGGGAUGGAGACAGUUUUGUAGAAGUCAUGGCUGCUCCCCAUCUCAAAGGCAAACUCUGUGGUCUUUGUGGCAAUUACAAUGGACAUAAGCGUGAUGACUUAAUUGGUGGAGAUGGAAACUUCAAGUUUGAUGUGGAUGAUUUUGCCGAGUCCUGGAGGGUGGAGUCCAAUGAAUUCUGCAACAGACCCCAGAGAAAACCAGUGCCUGAACUGUGUCAAGGGACAGUGAGGGUGAAGCUCAGAGCCCAUCGAGAAUGCCAGAAACUCAAAUCCUGGGAGUUUCAGACCUGUCACUCAUCUGUGGACUAUGCCACUUUCUACCGGUCCUGCGUGACAGACAUGUGUGAAUGUCCAGUCCAUAAAAACUGUUACUGUGAGUCAUUCCUGGCAUAUACCCGGGCCUGCCAGAGAGAGGGCAUCACUGUCCAUUGGGAGCCUCAGCAGAACUGUGCAGCCACCCAGUGUAAGCAUGGUGCUGUGUAUGAUACCUGUGGUCCAGGAUGUGCCAAGACCUGUGACAACUGGAAUGAGAUUGGUCCAUGCAAUAAGCCGUGUGUCGCAGGUUGCCACUGUCCAGCAAACUUGGUCCUUCACAAGGGAAGGUGCAUCAAGCCAGUCCUUUGUCCUCAACGGUGACCAUUGUUUCGCUUAAGACUUUGAAACCUAGUGUCCUUGACACGGAAGCGGAAGAGCCAAUGAAGAACUGCGGUAUUUGUGUGCUGAUUCUGCAAAUACACACACAGAGUAUAUAUGUGUACAUAUAUAGAUAUAUAGAUAUAUUCAGAAACAUUUCAUCAUUUAUAUAAACUAUAGGUGGAUUAUUAUAUGUAUAUUUUUUGCUAUAAGACAUGUAUUGUUUCUAGGAUGCUAAUCUGUAAGCCAUUGGAUACAUUGUAUAAAUAAACCAGGUGUUUUUAAUUUAAUAAGGCAGCAUGCAGACAUAUUGGAUGGCUUUAAUAUCACAUACAUUUGUCAUUUUUAAGGAACUUUUCUAAGAAACAUAAAUUGCCUGCCUGCGUUAAUUUUAGCUUUGAAUCAGGAUCUGCAGUUGAGUGGGAAAUGUUUUUCUCUGGAGAAGGGCAAAUUUAUCUAGGGGCAUUUCAUGCUUCCAAAGAAAAGACUGUAUGUCUGAGAGAGAUGGCUGGUGAUCGUUGACAGGCCCUAAUGGUGCAUGUAAAGCAAGGGAUAGGUUGUAAGACUUUAUUUGGUCGUGGUCUGAGAUUAUUUCCAAAAAUGAUUGGCUAGUUGCCAAGAAAUAUAAAUUUGUCACUAAAGCAUAACCAAAGAAUCUAAUGAUUUCUCGCCAUCUUUGCAUAUUUUUUGAGCCUCCUAAUUAUAUAUGUGUGUAUGAUGUAUGUGUCCACUUACAUGUCACACCCUGAGAUUAAGGAGUAUUUGGGCGACGCUGGUUUUAUUGAGCAUGAGCAGAUAUUUGGAGAAACUGUUGCACAAUAUAUGAAGAAGAAAUAUCUGUUUCUCUGAGUCUCGGAGCAAUUUAGGAUGGGCUGAUCCAAUGAGUUGAUGUAAGCCAUCUACGUUUUGUGACUAUUCCAUAUAUAAAACGAAAGCCUUAGAUUAUUUCUAGAAGAUUCCUAGUCCAACACCAUUUGGUGACUGUUAAUAUGUCAUAAUUGUUAGGCAGAAAGAAAGCCUUUACUGACUGGUUGAUUUAACAUCAGUCCAAACCAAAAAAUGGUCUAUAUACUUGUUCUCAUUUACUGAUAGGUUGCUAUAGUCACCAUGUGAUUUUCCUGACUUUUGUUUUCAGCUGAAUAAGUGAAAAUGUCAACAAAACAAAACCCACUGAUGCCUAAAAAUAAAAUGUUCUGCAUUGUAGUAAAUAAAGAGCUUAAGAUGUAAAACAAUGCA